UCGAGAUGUAUCAGAGUUUUAGUGGUCCUCACACCUGUUGAGGGAAUGUGUCGUACCGAUUAGGGUUUCACUUCAUGGUUUCUCUGCAGGGCGAGCACUGCCGAAAUCGAUUGUGGAUCCGAAUCUGUAUCCAUGUCGCGUUCAGUUGUGCCCUCCUGUAGAUCCUUAACAUCUUGGAGACAGAUUGACGGCGGCUGUGUAGCGAGCAUCAAACUGGAUACAUAGUUGCCGUGCGAGUGUGACAGACGAUCCAUGGCUUCCACGCCGAGGCUUCAGUGUCCAGCCGAUGGCACUUUGUUUUUAUUGCUCUUCUUUCUGUCAAAGUUGUUUCGGAGGCGAGUGGUGACAUAUGGCACACAGCACGUAUUGAAAUCCUUGGUUGACAAGGUGUUUAUUUGGACCCGGUAUGCAAUUCGGGCACGCCAACCUGCCACGGACAAGGUAGCUCUGCGUUAACCUUGAGCCGUCCAGGGUUUGCGAAGAAAAAACCUUUCAUUUCUCGAUAGGAAGCUACUGGUGAGGCUACGCCAAUCGCCUGUGGUGCCAUUUAGGGUGAUUACAUUCUCUUGUCAAUUCCAGCUGUACACUGUGCUAUUUGCUUAUAACCCGACUCUUUCUUUCUCAGCUUGUAGGUAGAGUAAAGUCCUCAGGGUAAGUAUCUGAUGUAGGUCAUGUAAUUCGUUUCGGUAGCAGUACCUAACGCAUGGAUUGGAUCGAAGCCCCUGGAUGUAAUCAAACCCAUAGGAAGAGCCGUAUGACGACUCAAGUCACUAGCAUAGUAUCUGUAUCGCUGACUUCUCCGUGUGCUCUCCGUCCUGUGUUUCCUCUGGCUGACUGGACACAGACAAGUCUGUGUUGUCUUAGUCGCUGGAAGAAGUGCUGACCAGAUUGAGCUACGAAGAAGAACGUGUCGGACAGGUCGCUAGUGAUGAAUGAUUUUAGAAUGGGUUCUGAGGGCUAAUUGCAAAAGUACAAUGCAGUGAUGAAAAACAAGUGUUUCGGACUAGAGUUUCUGAUCUGGUUUACCAGGCUGAUGAGAAACCUCUUGGCUGGCUGAGCAUCAUUAUUUAGCACAUCUUUGAGGCCUAGGAUUAAACUGCAAUUAAAAUAACACCAUCUUUCGGGGCGUAAUGCCGAAAGGCUUGACGAUGAUUGCUAAUAUGACGGCCUCUUGUCAACACUUAUUACCCUGGACAAAAAAGCAGGGAUGUGCGAUUCUCAUGAGCAACUCCCUCGUCAGCUUCAGGAAUAACAAAGGUGCCACUAAUGGGUGAGCUGAUGUGUGGUUUGAAAAGGCCCUAUCGCUAACAGUUCAAUCAGUGGUUCCAUAUCACACCUCUUAGGAGCUGAACAUCUCGAAAAAAUAUCAAAUCAUUCAUUCCUGGUCAAAACCUUGUACUCAUUACUCGAAAAUUUGAUGGAGUGAGAAGAAGGAACCAAUGGGGAAGGGAAGUCUACCUACAUCUUUUCUGCGAAAGAAACGAGCAUACCACCCACCAGGGCUUGCUGGAUACAUCUGCAACUCGUUGGCAGCUUUAUAUGCUUUUGCGUUUUCUGUUUCUAUAGAAACAGAAACGCGGAUGUAGAUUAUUUUAAAAACUGGGUUCUAUCUCGGAAAAAAACGGGAAUGUCGAUAGUAGGCAAGGUACGAGGAUAGUACAUAUCUAAC